UGGACUGCACCUGAAGUUAAAAAAAAAAAAAAAAAAAAGCGCCCACCGUCGCCUGGUUUCGACGUUGUUCGGCUUGUUGUUUGAAUGCCAGUCCGCUCGGAGGUUUGCUGAAAGCGGCUGCGGUGAUAUAAAAGUACAGUAUUAUUCCAGUCAUGAAGAAAUCUGGCAAAAAGGCAACUCUGGACUUAAACUGAGACGAGACGAAGGGAGAAAGAGAGGGAGACAGAGCUGACAUCCCCUUUACACAUUUCACAGGUUCUAGCUGGCCAAUGCCGGGCCCGUCGUGGACAUCUGGUGGCGGUAGUAGCAGUAGUGUGUAUGUGAGUGUGGUCCCCGGCGCCUAGCCCAUGUCCAGCCCAUAAUGCCGUCGUCCACACGGAAAGGAGUGCCGAAGGACCCCGAGCUGGCCGACCUCUUCUUCAAAGAUGACCCCGAGGACGUCUUCUGUGACCUGCACGAGAUCGGACAUGGCAGCUUUGGGGCCGUCUACUUUGCACGUAACUCCUACUCCAACGAGGUGGUGGCCAUCAAAAAGAUGUCCUAUAAUGGCAAGCAGACUACCGAAAAGUGGCAGGACAUCAUUAAGGAAGUCAAGUUUUUGGGACAGCUGCGGCACCCAAACACGAUUGAGUACAAAGGCUGCUACUUGAAAGACAACACUGCCUGGCUGGUGAUGGAGUACUGCCUGGGCUCCGCGUCAGAUUUACUAGAGGUUCACAAGAAACCACUCCAAGAGGUGGAAAUUGCUGCCAUUACCCACGGUGCCUUGCUAGGACUGGCUUACCUACAUUCCCAUAAUAUGAUUCACAGAGAUGUGAAAGCUGGUAACAUCCUGCUGACUGAGCUGGGUCAAGUCAAACUGGCCGACUUUGGCUCCGCCUCCAUUGCCUCACCUGCCAACUCCUUUGUGGGAACACCUUACUGGAUGGCCCCAGAAGUGAUCCUAGCCAUGGACGAGGGUCAGUACGAGGGAAAAGUGGACAUCUGGUCCCUGGGGAUCACCUGUAUUGAACUGGCGGAGCGUAAACCACCCUUGUUCAACAUGAACGCCAUGAGUGCCUUAUAUCACAUCGCCCAGAACGACUCUCCCACGCUGCAGUCAAAUGAGUGGUCCGACCCCUUCCGGAGCUUUGUUGACUACUGCCUACUGAAAAUUCCUCAGGACAGACCCUCGUCAGGGGAGCUGCUACGACAUGACUUUGUGCGACGAGAACGCUCGCCGCGCAUUCUCAUCGACCUCAUCCAGAGGACCAAGGAUGCGGUGCGCGAGCUGGACAAUCUGCAGUAUCGCAAGAUGAAGAAGAUCCUCUACCAGGAGAAACACAACGGGCCCAUGGGGGAGAGCCAGGAGGAGGAAGAGGACAGCGAGGCAGCCAGCUGCAAGAUGAACAGCCUGGGCAGCAACCACUCCAUCCCCAGCACCUCGGUCAGCACGGGUAGCCAGAGCAGCAGCGUGAACAGCAUGCAGGAGGUGCUGGAUGACAGCUGCUCCGACAUGACCAUGAUGCACCCCCAGGACUACAGCAGCACCCUGGACUCCUCCCCGCACACCAAGAAGGACCAUCAGUACAACUGGGACGAUGGGAUCCACAGAGACCACCGACCAGAGCUGAGGCCAGUCUCCUCUGACAAGAGCAGCCAUGCCCAAAACUACAAAAACCAGGGCCGCUUUGCAACCAUAAAGUCAGCUUCACUAGUGACCAAACAGAUCCACGAGCAUGAGCAGGAAAGCGAGCUGCGGGAGCAGAUGUCGGGCUACAAGCGCAUGCGGCGGCAGCACCAGAAGCAGCUGAUCGCCCUGGAGAACAAGCUAAAGGCCGAGAUGGACGAGCACCGGCUCAAGCUGCAGAAGGAGGUGGAGACGCAGGCCAACAACGCCUACAUCGAGCUGGAGAAGCUGGCAAAGCGCCACGCCGUGCACACCGAGAAAGAGAUGAAGACGGCGCUGACAGAUGAGAAGAAGUUCCAGCAGCAGAUCGUGGCCCAGCAGAAGAAGGAGCUCACCACUUUCCUGGAUAAUCAAAAAAAGCAGUACAAACUCUGCAAGGAGAAGAUAAAGGAGGAGAUGAACGAGGACCAUAGCACACCCAAGAAGGAGAAGCAGGAGCGACUGUCAAAGCACAAGGAGAAUAUGCAGCAUUCCCAGGCCGAGGAGGAGGCCCAUCUCCUGGCCCAGCAGAGAGUUUUCUACGACAGGAACUGCCGCGCCUUCAAGCGCAAGGUCAUGAUCAAGAGACACGACUUGGAGCAGGAGCAGAUCCGAGAGGAGCUGAACAAGAAGAAGACCCAGAAGGAGAUGGAGCACGCCAUGCUGAUCCGCCACGAUGAGUCCACGCAGGAGCUGGAGCAGAGGCAGCUGAAGACUCUGCAGAAGCUGCGGAUGGACCUGAUCCGCCUGCAGCACCAGACGGAGCUGGAGAACCAGAUCGAAUACAACAACAGACGCGAGCGCGAACUCCACCGCAAGCACGUGCUGGAGCUCCGGCAGCAGCCCAAGAACCUCAAAGCGUUGGAGCUGCAGAUCAAGAAGCAGUUCCAGGACACGUGUAAGGUGCAGACCAAGCAGUACAAGGCCCUGCGCCACCACCAGAUGGAAGUUACGCCCAAGGCCGAGCACAAGACGGUGCUCAAGGCCCUGAAGGACGAGCAGACACGCAAGCUGGCCAUCCUGGCUGAGCAAUACGAGCAGAGCAUCAACGAGAUGAUGGCCUCGCAGGCGCUGCGUCUGGACGAGGCCCAGGAAGCCGAGUGCCAGGCCCUGAGGCAGCAGCUGCAGCAGGAGAUGGAGCUGCUCAAUGCCUACCAGAGCAAGAUCAAGAUGCAGACCGAGGCGCAGCACGAGCGCGAGCAGCAGAAGCUGGAGCAGAAGGUGUCGCUGCGCCGGGCUCACCUGGAACAAAAGAUUGAAGAGGAGCUGGUUUCCCUUCAGAAGGAGCGAACCGACCGGAUCAAACACCUGCUGGAGCGCCAGGAGCGGGAGACCGACAGCUUCGACAUGGAGAGCCUGCGUCAGGGCUUCGGCAACCUGGGCACCCUGGACUUUCCCAAGGACGACUACAGAUGAGGGGGGGACCGCCGCCGUCACCGUCUCUCGUUGUCCUCCUCCCCCAACCACCACCAACCACCCACCGGGCGUCCGUCCGUCCGUCUGCCUCAGAACAACCCUCCUCUCCUCCGACCUGACCAACAAACAAACAAACAAACAAACAAACAAACCGCGUCUCCAAGAAGCAGCUGUUCUCUGGGCUCCGGCUCCACGGCAGGUUCCAACCUCCCCAUCACCUGGACUUCCUCCUGCCCCUCUUUGCCUCCUCUCGUGGUGUCACAAGAUGACAAAAAAAAAGAAAAAGAAAAACUAUGCUGGAGAACUUCCUGUAGUUGUUUUUGUAAUGAUAACAUCGUCACCGUGUUUCUCGUUUCUUGUGCAAUGAUGACACUUUAGGUGUGAAGCCGAGAGAGAAAUGAGGGCAGUCCGGUCCACAGACCCACGCGUGUCCACAGCAGAUUACUUCUGUUUUUUUUUUUUUUUUAAAUCUCAACCAGUGCAAAAAAAAACAAAUAAAUCUCUCGAAGCGAUAAAUCAAAGCACCAAUCCUUCCGCAGUCUGUGCUGCUUCUUUCAACGCCUUUUUGGUAUUUAUUCAUCAGGAGAUUUUUUUUUUUUUGGAACAAAUUUGAAUAAUUUGAUACUUUGAGAGAGAAAACUAUCACCAUGUACAUAACACAGGUACGCUUCUAAUAAAUGUGACUCGUUGGGGUGCGUCUAAUUCCUGGAGGGGUGGUGCUCCACGUGUGUGGUACUGAUCUGUCUGCACUGACUGGAGGUCAAUGUGAAAAAUCAAACAUGUGAACUCCCAGCUAGCACAAAGGGCUUCAUGGGGGAGGGCAGGGGGACUUGUACUUUGUGUAUAGAAGGAUUUAUGGAGAGCUUUUACUUAUUUUCGUAUCGUAUUUUAACUGUCAACUCGAAUCAGAAAAGAAUUUUUAAAGGCGCUUUUUUUUGUUUUUGUUUUUUUCUCCUCCCCCCUCCUCAGAUAGUAUUUGAGGUCCAGUCAUCUAUCAGUGGGAUUUUCAUUUGAUUUUUUUAUUUUUAUUUUAUUUUUCCUCCUUUCGCUUUACACAACUCUCCGUGAGCGGUGUAUUUUCUUAUAAACCAGACCAGUAUGAUGCUUUAUUAUUGCAUGCACUUUAAUUUUUUUUUUCUUUUCCAGGUUAAAAGAAAAAGCAUGAAUCUGUCAGAGCUUUUAAUUAUAUUUGUAAAUAAAGUGCUCAUCACACGAACCAA